AUGUUCGACUGCCCCAUUCGUCUGCAUAUCUACGGAACCAGCAACCCCAUCAACCGGCUGGCUCUGGAAGAGAAGUUGAAAAGGGACAAGCUUAUCAAGGCCGGUGAGCUCAAGAAGACAAGGGCCGAGGCCGAGGCACAGCGGAAGGUGCUGGGCAUCAAGGGCAGCCAAUCCAGAAUUGGCCUUGACGGGGGCACGGCAGCGCCCGAAGUCUCUUUAGAGGAGCUGGCACAAGCCAGCCAGACGGUUCAGGACCAGCACCGUGGAGAUGCUAUCAAGUCAUUCGUCGUAGACGAAGACUUCUUGUCCAAGAUGACGAUGGCAGAGCAACCUGCUGUCCUCGAGUCAACAUUGCUGCCAUACCAACUUCAGGGUCUGGCCUGGAUGACGGCCAAGGAGAAUCCCCAGCUGCCUACCAAGGGUUCUCAGGAAAGCACCCAGCUGUGGAAGUGGGACCAAAGAGGGCGUGGCAUGUACAAUUUGGCAACCAACUUCCUGGUGUCCAAUCCACCCAAACUUCUUUCCGGAGGAAUCCUGGCCGAUGAAAUGGGUCUCGGCAAGACGCUGCAAGUCAUCAGUCUAAUAUUGACCGGUGGCCCAGGCCCGACGCUCAUUGUUGCUCCGUUGAGCGUAAUGAGCAACUGGGAACAGCAGAUCCGCAGGCAUGUCAAGCAAGAGCACCUCCCCAAGAUCUUCACAUAUCACGGAAACAACAAGGCAACCAAAAGUGAGCUUUCCCAGUACCAGGUCGUCAUCACCAGUUACAACAAGCUUGCAACCGAAGGCGGUAAGGACAAGAUUGAGACGCCCUUGGGACCACUUAUGGCUACCGAUUGGAGACGAGUCGUGCUUGAUGAAGGCCAUAUAAUACGCAAUGCAAAGACGAAGGCUGCUGUUGCUGCCAGAAGACUCAAGGCGCAAUCCAGAUGGGUGCUCACAGGAACUCCAAUCAUCAACAACAUCAAGGAUUUCCAGUCCUUGCUGCAAUUCCUUUCUAUCACAGGAGGCGUCGAACAGCCUGCCAUCUUCACUACCGUCAUUUCGCGGCCGCUUGCGCAGGGCAACGAAAAAGCCGAAACCCUUCUUCAACUGCUGAUGCGAGAUCUUUGCUUGCGACGCAAGAAGGAUAUGAAAUUUGUCGACCUCAAGUUGCCGCCCAAGAAGGAAUACGUCCACCGUAUUGCCUUUAGACCGGAUGAGAAGAACAAAUACGAAGCCUUGCUAUCCGAAGCACAGAUUGCUCUGAAGGAUUAUCAGAACAACGCGAGCGGCAUGAAGGGACAGUUCCAAAAUGUUCUGGAACGGCUCCUUCGUCUGCGACAAGUGUGUAACCAUUGGACGCUCUGCCGCAAAAGGAUCGACGAUCUCCUCGCCGCUCUUGAGGGCCAAUCAGUUGUCGCCCUCAACUCUGAGAACAUCAAAAUUCUGCAAGAGGCGCUGCGCCUCUAUAUCGAAACGCAGGAAGACUGCGCCAUCUGCCUCGACACUCUGAACAGACCUGUCAUCACGCACUGCAAGCACGUUUUCUGCCACGCGUGCAUCUCCAAGGUGAUUGAAACGCAGCACAAAUGCCCUAUGUGCCGUAACCAGCUACAGGAGGAUGCACUGCUCGAGCCCGCUCCUGAAGUCAGCGAGGAGGAGGAGGAGAGCUUCGACGGCGAUGCAAAGAGUUCCAAAACCGAGGCCCUCUUGAAAAUCCUUCAGGCCACUACCAAGGACCCCAAGUCCAAGGUCAUCAUCUUCUCGCAGUGGACGUCGUUCUUGACUAUCAUACAGAACCAGCUUAUCGAGGCAGGAUACAAAUUCGUCCGCGUCGACGGCUCCAUGACGGCACCGAAGCGUGAUGCGGCCAUCCACGCCCUGGACCACGACCCAGACACGCGCGUGAUGCUCGCCAGCUUGGCUGUCUGCAGCGUCGGCCUCAAUCUCGUAUCAGCGGAUACGGUUAUUCUGGCCGACAGUUGGUGGGCGCCGGCCAUUGAGGAUCAGGCCAUUGACCGCGUGCACCGCCUGGGACAGAAGCGGCCGACGACGGUAUGGCGUCUCGUUAUGGAGGGAACCGUCGAGGAGCGCGUGCUGGACAUCCAGCAUGAGAAGCGGACGCUUGUGGGCAAGGCUUUCCAGGAGAAGAACAAGGGCAAGAAGACCCAGGAGACCCGGAUGGCGGACAUUCAAAAACUGCUUGGUUGA